GCUCCGAUAAAUAACGAUCAAAACGUUUCUCUAAUUUUCCCUCAAAACAAUCUGAAAAUGAGCUCUGCUGAUAUGAAGACCAUUACUGUGAUCGGAAGCGGGCUGAUCGGCCGCUCCUGGACUAUGGUGUUUGCCAGUGGAGGCUACAGUGUGAAGAUCUAUGACAACAUACCAGGACAGGCUGCCAAAGCCAUCACAGAGAUGAGGAAGCAGAUGGAGGAGCUGGAGGAAGCCCACAUGCUGAGAGGAAAGCUGAGCGCCGCGCAGCAGCUCGCCCUGGUCAGCAGCUACGAUGACCUGGCUCAGGCGCUGGAGGGAGCCUUCUUUGUUCAGGAGUGUGUAUUUGAAAAGCUGGAAGUCAAGCAGGACGUCUUCCAGGACAUCGAGCGUCUUGUGGGAAAAGACGUCAUCCUGAGUAGCUCCAGUUCCUGUCUGGUACCGAGCAGCAUCUUCUCUAAAGUACAGAACAGGAGUCGCUGCCUCGUCUCUCAUCCGGUAAACCCACCUUACUUUGUCAAACUGGUGGAGCUGGUGCCUCACCCAGAGAUGACAGCGACUGUUAUGGACACCACCUACUCCCUCAUGACCAAGGUUGGUCAGGCGCCCAUCUGUCUGAAGAAAGAAAUCGAUGGCUUCGCCCUCAACAGAGUGCAGGCGGCCAUUAUUGCAGAGUCCUGGAGGCUGGUCCAGGAUGGCGUUAUCUCUGUGAAGGAUAUCGACCUGGUGAUGUCAGAGGGGCUAGGAAUGCGUUACGCCUUCAUAGGUCCCAUGGAAACGAUGCACCUCAAUGCACCUGCAGGUUUGGAGGACUAUAUGAAACGGUAUGGAGAGGGCAUAACGAGGGUCUUGAACUCAUUUGGGCCUGUACCAAACUUCUCUGGCAGUGAGGCGGCCAAGAGCAUGGUUACUGAGAUGUGUGAGCUGAUUCCCAGCGAUCCACAACAUCUGUCAGCAAGGACAGAGCGGAGGGACCAGCUCCUCAUGCAUCUGGCCAAGCUGAAGAAGGAGCACUAAGAUCAGCAUGCAGGGCCCAAUGCCAAGAAAAGUUGUGAUUAUGACUAAAAAAAAUGUGAAAUUUAGCAGACAGAUAGGAAUUAAGUAGACAGACAUCUCAUUUUUAAUAUUUAAAGCAGCUGUACACAUUCAGAGCAUAUCUGUAAUUCAGAGGGGAUUGUUUGCACACAGCUCUCAACAUGGAGAUCUGAGCCAGCGGCUAGCAGCUAACAGCACAAACAGCG